AUGGACAUCACAUUCUCGAGGAUGUUCUUUCUCUUUGUUUAUUUAUCCUUGCUUGCUUUUGGAAAUGGAAUUUCAGUUGAAGAGAUAUUAGAGAAAAAAGUUAGGAAAAUGAAUCAGCUUACUACCAGCCAAUCAUAUAUCAGUCUUGAUAUUGAUCAAUUUAAUCUUCUACUAAAAUCACAGCCUAGGAAUUACUCAGUUAUAUUACUUCUGACUGCCUUAAGUUCUAGUAGAAACUGUGCGCCCUGCAGACAAGCAUUUGAAGAGUUUCAAGUAGUAUCGAACUCUUGGAAGUAUUCUAAGCAGCGUGAUGAUCGGUUGUUCUUCGCGAUUGCAGACUUUGACAAGGCACCUGGUGUCUUUGAGUUUCUACGUCAAGAAACUGCUCCUGCGAUUGUGUUUGUAUCACCUAAAGGAAAUAUAAAGCAAUCGGACUAUAUGGAUAUUACGGUUAAUGGAUUUUCUGCUGAGGCGAUCAUGCGAUGGAUAACUGGAAUUACCCAAAUCCAGAUUCGUUUAUUCCGACCUCCAAAUUAUACUGGAACCAUGAUACUUGCCCUUUUUAUGUCCCUUGGGGCUGCGGUUUUGUACUUUCGUCGAAUCAACUUGGACUGUCUAUAUAAUCGUUCAUUAUGGAGUGCUAUAUCGCUGGGUGUUAUUUUAUGUUCUAUUUCUGGGCAAGUGUACAAUCAUAUUCGUGGACCCCCGCUUUUUCAUGCGCCACCUCCUAACGGAGAAAUUAAGGCCUUUAUAUACGAUGGUUCUGACUAUCAAUUUGUUGCAGAGACUUUUAUUGUGAUGAUUUUAUAUAUUGGUUGCUCAGGGGGAAUUCUUCUGAUGACCGAAGUUAGUUCAACUACUGAUCCAACAAAGCGAAAAGUUUACACAAUAUCAGGAAUAGCCCUGUUUAUUAUAUCUAUCCACUUUAUACUGUCAGUCUUUCGAAGGAAAUAUCACGGCUAUCCAUAUGGAUUAUUUUUCAGAUAA